UUACAAAUUAAUUUAGUGCCGAUAAACACGUUAAAAAAAUUCUAAUAAAUAUAAAUUUAAAUAAAUUGUAUUUACGAUUAUAAAUAUUAUAAUAAUUAGUGUUUUUUUUUUGUUUUAUUAAAGUAAUAAAAAAUAACCGAAAACAUGACAUUUUUGUGUUUUUUAAUUAUAAUAAUAAUUAUUACAAGUGCUAUAAAAAGUGAUAUUUGUGAUGGGGCAAGAAUAUUGGGCAUUUUUCCAUUAAAUUCAAAAAGUCAUUUUACAUUAGGAGAACAAAUAAUGAAAAUUCUUGCAAAAACAGGACACCAGAUAGACGUCGUUAGUCACUAUCCGCAAAAAAAACCGGUUUCCAACUAUCGUGAUUUAAGUUUACAUGGAUCAAUGAUUGAUAAAACAAAUAAUUUGGAUUACAAUCGACUACAAUUUUUAUCACCAAUUUCAAUUGUUCCCGAAAUUUCAAAUAAUACCGGCAGUAAUAUUUGUAAAUUAAUUCAACAUCCAAUACUACAAAAUAUAAUUAAAAAUCCACCAAAAAAUCCGCCCUACGAUCUCGUUAUUGUUGAGAUAUUUACAGCUCACUGCUAUUUUGCAUUUGCGCAUCACUUAAAAGUUCCCAUGAUAGGAUUAAUAUCAUCUGUUGUACAAGAAUGGGAAAAUGAAGCACUAGGAAAUCCUGACAGUUUUGCAUUUAUUCCAGGAGGAUUUACAGGACUUAAUGUUGGGGGGAAAAUGAAUUUUUAUCAACGUCUUUUAAAUACAUUAAUGGGUAAUCUAAUAAAACGACAAUUUUACCACUAUACUGAUCAUCAAAAAAUAUUUAUCGAUCAAUAUUUUGGACCCAAUUAUCCAAGUAUUCGCAAUCUUUCUACACAAUUUGCCCUCGUAUUUGUAAAUUCUCAUUUCAGUUUACAUGGAAUUCGACCACUAACACCAAGUGUUAUUGAAAUUGGAGGAGUUCACAUUCAAGAAAAUGGGGAAAAAUUGUCACCGGAUCUUCAAAAAUGGUUGGAUGAUAGUAAAUAUGGAUGCAUUUAUAUGUCAUUUGGUUCUAUGGUGAAUAUAGAAACAUUUCCCAAUGAAACAUUGAAUGCAUUUUACACGGCUUUUGAAAAUAUUGCACCUGUUCGAAUUUUACUAAAAAUUGGAAAUGAAAAAUUACUAUCUAAACUUCCCAACAAUGUCAAAACACAUUCGUGGCUUCCACAAAUUCAAAUUCUAAAACAUAAAAAUGUAAAAGUUUUUGUAACCCACGGAGGUCUUCUUGGAACAUUAGAAUCAAUUUAUUACAAAGUACCAAUGAUUGGAUUUCCUCUAUUUGGAGAUCAAUUUUACAAUAUGAAAGUUUGCGAAGAUAGAGAAAUAGCAAUUUCUUUGGAUUAUCACAAAUUUACAGCCAAUGAUUUCCUCGAGGCUUUAAAUGUGGUUUUAAAAAAUAAUAACUACAGAAACAAUAUUGAAGAAUUUUCCAAACUCUAUUAUGAUCGUCCUAUGAGUUCACAAGAGAGUGUAAUUUUUUGGGUAAACUAUGUUUUACGACAUGGAAAUAUUUUACGAUCUCCUGCUGUAGAUUUAGCCUGGUAUCAAGUUGAACUUUUGGACGUUUAUGGUUUUUUGUUGCUUAAUGCAAUAUUCUUAAUCUAUAUCAGUUUUUUAAUUAUCCGAACUUUCUACAUACUUAUUUAUCAUACAAAGAGAUUUGAUAAAAUUAAAAUCUUAUCAAAGAAAUGAAAAUAAAAAUUUUAAUGAGAAAUUUUAAUAAAACAAUACCCAAAAAAAAAUUA